AAACAGCCGAGAAGAAAAGACCUUCAAUGAUGUCGACGUCGUUCCUUUUAGUACAUUUAAGAUAAAUGAUUGAGUCAUCCUUCAUAAGCCUUUCUUUACGUAACGCUUUGCAUCCAAUCAUGUCGACGUCGUGCUUUUCUUGCCUUGGGGCCUUAUGCGGAUCAAAAACACCCGAGAAGAAAUAUGCAGUGCGGUAUCAUGGAGGCCUCCCGAUGUUAUACGAUGUGGAUGACGAGGCGCUAGGUAGUUGUUUACAUCAUCGAUGAGUUGCAAUUGAGAAGAUGCUCAGCUCAAUGUACAGAUAGAGGCAAGGCGUCUCCUGGUGGCUCUUCGGCAAAUAUAGCUGGCUUUGAGUUCGCGUCUCAUCCUCAUCUCAUGCCUGAAAGUAGUUGCAAUACCUCUUGAACGCAGAACAAAUAGCCCACUGGACGAUCCCAGAUUCUCGCAAGCCGGAGGAAAAACCCUGCAAGGAGCUUUUUACCCUUAUGGCGU